CUAUUUACUUAUCAAUUGAAUAUCCCCAUCGGAUCGGUGGUCAUCACAUAAAGGUUUUGCUCAUUCGUUCGUGCUCACGAAUUUCUCUUUCUUUUUUAUUCUUUUGCAAUUAGCAGCGCAGAAACCUGACGUGGAAUAUUAUUUUGUAGUCCGACUAUAAGAAAAUCUGAUAAAUUUGGAAUAUCUGUAGACAGAUAAUUUUAAGAUUGAAUGACACAAACAAAAGUAGUCUAAAAACCAAAAAACUUAACUAGCUGAAUUAUAUUCAAAAUGUUAAUUAUAUCAGUGGUGAUCUUGGUGUCACUUUUUGUGAUGUUUUAUUUCUUUAAAACAUCGAAAGAAAUGCCAAAAAACUGGUAUGAAUGGAAGACUGAGUUGAGAUUUCAAUAUAUUGGUGCAAUCGGUAUAAUUCAUGACUUAAUAUAUGCAUCCAGAGAUAAAGUUGUUCUCUGCACACAGCCCGAUAGAAUUGCUGUCAUCACUGGUGGAAACCGUGGAAUUGGACUAAAAAUCAUUGAAAAACUUUUAGCUUGUGAAAUGACUGUUAUAAUGGGAUGCCGAGAUCCAAAAGCAGGUGAAAAAGCUGUAUCACAACUUGUUGACUUAUCUACAACGAAAGGAAAAUUCAUAUGCGAGUCGUUGGAUGUUGGUGAACUAAGUUCAGUGAUGUCCUUUGCGAAACUUGUAAAAAAUAAAUACAAAAAAAUUGAUAUUCUUAUAAAUAACGCUGGAAUAAUGUUUGCUCCCCUACAAAAAACAUCCGAAGGGUUCGAGUCACAUUUUGCUGUUAACUAUUUGGGCCAUUUCUUUUUGACUCAUCUACUUAUGCCACAACUUAAGGCAGCAGGAAGUGAAGGCAAAAAUGCACGAGUUGUCAACGUUUCUUCCGUUGUAAAUUUAAUUGGCCGAAUCAAUUAUAACGACAUCAAUGGAGACAAAUAUUACUAUCCUGCUACUGCUUACAAUCAGAGCAAAUUAGCUCAAAUUCUCGCUACUCGUCAUCUUAAUCAAAUGCUUCGUGAACAAAACGCGCAUGUAGAAGUAUUUGCUGUGCAUCCAGGCGUAGUUGACACAGAUUUGUUUGAGUACUCUGCAACAACAGCAGUUCCAUUCCUGAAAAAACUUAUAUUCAAAACUCCAGAACGAGGUUCCAGAACCAUAGUUUAUGCAGCUAUCGAUCCGCGCCUUGAGGGCAAAGGUGGCAGUUAUCUUAGCAAUGGUGGAAAAAGCCCUUUCCAUCCCGAUGCAAAGGAUUCGCAAAAAUGUGCAAAGCUUUUUAAAUUCAGCUGUGAUUUGCUUAAAAUCACAGAAUAUGGCAAUGAUAUAAUUUAAAAGCUUAUGUAAUUCAUAACAUAAAAAAGACUUUUGCACCUUUGAAAGGUGUGUGGUAUAUAGUGUUUCUACUUUUUAAGGCUACAUAUAACUUAUACCAUAUAGAUCUAACGUUUUUGCUCUGUUUUUAUAUUUCUAAUUUAUUUGUAUUGCUUUAAGACACGGAUCGCUAUUAUUAAAAAUAUAUAUUUUAUAUGCGUAUAACAUGUUA